GAAGUUUUGUGUAUCGUUCAGGAUUCAUGAGGUCUCGAGCUUCAGUGUUUGUGUAGGCAGCGCGCAUGCGCGUGUGGACGCGUCGCGCAGCUCGAGAUUCUUCUGCGUCCGAGGACAACAUGCGAGCGUCAACAUGCGUGAUCUUCACGAGCAGACGCGCCGCACAGCCGUGACGCGCUCCGCUUCGGAGGAUGUCCGUUAGCGCGGCGGCGGCGGCGGAGGACGGAGGCGUCAAUAAAGUUCGGGUCAAACGACAGAUCAGGUGCAUCGUGGAGGAUCUCGAGAACAUCUUGGGAGACCUGAAGGAUGUGGCGAAGGAACUCAAAGAGGUGGUUGAGGAGAUCGACUGCCUGACGUCUGAUCUCCGUCUGGAGGAGGAUCUGACGGACAGCUCCAAGACAGACACGCUCAACAGCAGCUCCAGCAGCACCACCACCACCACCACGGCCUCCAGCGUCAAGAUCUACCCCGAGGAGACGCUCUUCAGACCCACAGCCGUCCUCACCGUCCUGAAGAGACCCACGCCGCCGCUCCCUCCGCCCCGGAGCACUGCGUCCAGAGCCGAGGACGUCACGCUGAUGCAGAACGGAGACUCUCUGUGUCGCCGGCCGAAGAGCCUCGGCGAGAGCCGCUGUCCUCAGACCACGAGAGAGCGAGUGCGCUUCAGCGAGAAGGUGCAGUACCACGGCUACUGCCCGGACUGUGACUCCCACAGCGCAGAUCUGCACUUACACACCGAGCUGAUCGACGCCAAACACAGUCCUGUCCAUCAGAGCUCGACCCCAGCGCUCGCCGAGAACGGCGGCCUCGCUUUCCCCUCGCAGAAACCACACAAGACCAUUCUACGCAAGUCCACCAGCACCACCGUUUGACGCAGACCGAGGCUGAACCAACUCCUCUUUAGAGUUUCCUUUUCGAUUAGAACGGUCUCUCAUACGCCCAUCAUCUUCAUCUCAUCACGCGAGCUUCAGCUGAAACACCCGGAGGGGUUCUAAUGGAAAUCACAUCGGUGUUCUUCACAGCGGCUCCGCAGGGGAACGAGCCAGAGCAUCUGAUCACAUCACCCUUUAAAGAAGAGAAACCAAAAACUACUAACAGUCCACCGCAUCAGAGAAACCCAGUCCAACGCUGCCAGAGAAUCAGACGUUUGUAAAGGACCUUCUAUGUUUUUGUAAAGAAAACCUUCAAAUACAAGAAGCAUAUUUUUGAUAUUUUCUAAGAUGAUUUUAAAGAUGUCACACAGUAUACGAUGGAAAAUGUAUUUAUGUACUGAU